GCAGGUACACAGCAUGAAAAAGAAGCUAUGCUCCAGUCGUGGCUGUUUGUUCUCCUGCACAAAGCAACGUUCUGAGCAAGAGGAUAAAGAAGGAGGGCAAAAUUGCAGGAGUCUCUUGAGAAGGACCAAAAACUCAAAGAUGCACCAGGGUCGCCUGCGUUUACGGCCAUGGCUGGAAGAACAGAUUAAGUCAGGGAGAUAUCCUGGAGUUGUAUGGCUAGAUGAAACCUCUCAGGUCUUCCAGAUUCCUUGGAAACAUGCCGCUCGACAUGGCUGGAAUAUAGACAAGGACGCCACUUUGUUCCGAAACUGGGCCAUCCAUACAGGGAGAUACAAACCUGGCAUAGACAAACCAGAUCCCAAGACUUGGAAAGCCAACUUCCGCUGCGCUCUCAACUCCUUGCCAGACGUCCAAGAGCUUCGAGACAAAAGCAUCAAGAAAGGCCACAAUGCUUUUAGAGUCUAUAUUCUACUCCCCAAUAGCAAAUUGACAAAGAAGAGAAAAGUGUCCAGCUUUGACAUGGAGGAUGCCAGAGUUGGUUUCCCUGCAUUACUACCACACACCAAUGCACCUCUUGAAAGGUUUACGGAAGCUUUCUGGAAGUAUAAGGAGGACAUCAGAGGUGUUGCUCCUGAGAUGUUAGCUAAAAACUGCUACUCCACAUUACCAUCAGUGAAAGAAGAACGCUCAGCUACCUACUGCUGUUCCACAGCCAAUAUCAGCACAACAGCACAUGAAGUCCAAGCAAAUGCAAUGGAAGACCAUGAGCAGACUGAAGCAGUGUUAAAGAUAGUAGACCACCUACAGAACACAGACCACUGGAGCCCUUUGCACGAGCAUGAAAGAGGCUGGAGACCAGCAAAUUCCUGGAUGGAAGGUCUUUAUGAAACAAUGGAUUGUUCUAGCUACCCUUUCCAGGCAGACUGGCACAAUCACAACAUGACAAGUCAAUAUGUCUGAAAUCACCAGCAGGACAGCUAAUCAAAGUUUGCAGUAACACUUACAGUGGAUCGUAAGCAUCACAAAAGUGCAAUCAAACACAGAACACACAACAAAUGGACCUUUUACCUGAUUGUUUCACAAACUAUAAGCAUUACUGCCUGUAUAUGAAUAUUAAGAGCACUGAGAAUGGCAGUGAUCACUAUUAAGCUAUAACCUUGUUUUGUGUGAAAAGCUGUAUGUAU